AAACAUCCUACAGCGGAAACUUUGUUCUUGUUGAGGUUAGAAUUUUUGCGGUUUUGAAUAUGAUCAAAACGUCAGAAUUAGUUUAUUAAUAAAUUGAAAUUAACUUACAAAACAAGAAAUUUAAUUAGUUAUUUGUUUCCCUCAAAUUCUGUUGCAUUUGCUCUAAUAUUUUCUGAAAUGGAUGAAAGCAAGUAUGACCACUUAUUUGGUAGUAUUUUGGAAGAAGAACGCCAGCUCUAUCCGUUCCUGGAUGCAGUCUUUGGUUUUCUCAGUAGAAGGACUGACUUUUUCAUAAUUCAGAAAGAAGGGGAAAGAAUUGGAUUCCCUCCUGGAAUUGCGGAGAAAAUUGUUGGAUCAAUAAUGAUGAAAUGGAAAAGGACAACGUUAGGCAAACAUGUCAUGCCUCCUCCAACCAAUGACCCACAACAGUUGGAUUUCUCGCAAUGUGUUGUGAGCGAAGAAGUAGUUACCACGACUGAAGAAGAAGUAUUAGCUGAAAAGGAAGAAACGGCAACUGCUACAAUAAAAGACAUUUCGAAAACACCCAAACCGACAAGCACGACCUCAAGUGACACAUAUAAUGGAGCGGACAGGGGGAACUAUAGAUGGAGUCAAACUAUCGGCGAACUAGAAGUACAGGUUCCAGUGCCAGCCCAUAUAAAGAAAAGCAAAGAUGUUGAUGUAAAAUUGACCGAUAAACAAGUUAUGAUCAAAGCAGUAGACGAAUGUGAUCGAAGUAAAUGGAAUGUUCUAGUUGAAGGAGAUCUGUGCUAUGGGAUACAAAAAGAUGAAACGAUUUGGAGUCUAUCUCCUGGUGAUUUCAUUCUGAUUAAUUGUGAGAAACAAUCGGAACGCUGGUGGGAUGGCCUGCUUGUGUCGGAACCGAAGAUCGACAGUACGAAGAUCGACUCCUCGCGACCAAUGAGCGAUCUCAGUGAGGAGGAGCAGAUGAAAAUUCAGGAACUGAUGUGGAACCAGGAACAGAAACGACGCUCCCAGUGAAAUUGUGAGAUCCAUUUUCGAGUUUUCCAUUCGUUGACAUUUUCAACUUUUCUAUCCAUUGGUAGAAAAGUUUCAUUUUGUUGUGAGCUGUUUAUUGAGAAUGAACUGGCAAAUCUACCAAUUUUUCUAUGCUGAAGACAGAACUCUCAUGUGGGGUUGUAAUUUACAGUGAAAUAGCUGUGAUAUUUUUUCUCAAGUUUCCUUUCUAUUAACAUUUUGAACUUUUCUAUUUAUUUAUUCUGUUGGGACCUGUAUAUUGAGAGUGGACUGAUUUAUCGACCAAUUUCUCUAUUCUGAGGACAGAACUCUCCUGAGGGGUUGUAAUUUGCGGUGAAGUAACUUAUAUACUUUCCCAAUUUUUCUCUCUAUUAACAUUUGGAACAUUUCUAUCUAUCGUAGUUUAUUUUUUUGUGACCUGCGCUCUGAGAAUGGACUGAUAUUUACAUCAACCUCUUUUGAAAACAUAAACCUCUUUUCAAAACAAGACAUUUUGAGUUUUCCAUGUAUUGAUAUUUUGAACUUUUCUAUUUAUUGCAAUUAAUUUUCUUGUGACUGUGGACUGAGAGUGGGCAACUGAUUCACCACUUUUUCUAUUCUGAAGACAGAAUUCUCUUUUGGGGUUGAUUUCUCAGUGAUAUAUUUAUUUAUUUUCACAUUGGAUAAUUAUAUAGAAACGCGUGUUUUGUGUUGAUGUUACAUUCUUUUAAGUUUUAAAUGUAAUAAUUUAUGUUAUUUUUAAAGUUAAUAACAAUUUUAAAACGAAUCAUUGAUAUUAGCUGUGGUAAUGUGAUUAAUUAUUACUGUGGAAUCUAGAGUUGCAAUAUUUUCAAGGGCAAUGAAUUUAAUCUUGACAGUGUCUGAUGUGUGAUAUCAUACUAUUUACCAGUAUUUUAGAGUAUUUGUAUUUAAUGUGUAUGAUAACAUGUUGACUGUUACAUGAAAUUCAGACUUUU